AUGGAGGAUCCCAACAAUAACGAGGAUUUUGCAUUUGUGCCAGACUUCAUGAUGCCCGACCUAAUGACAUCUAAGGACCUGUCAAUCGGGCUGGAUGAGCAGUCAGUGCCCGUCUUCCACCAUGAGGGCUGCCCCGCCGAGGACCAACUUAGUCCCGUCACGAUGGCCCUCCAGGCUCCUCACCUGCCUGUGUUCGAUUCCGGUUCCUACGGUACCAGCGGGAGCGGCCCGGACCAUCAGCUGCUGAAUCGUCAUCAGACCAUGGAGAUAGGAAAAGACCUCCAUGAUCAGACCUACGACACAGCUUUCUUCCCCCAUCUGAGCGCUAAUUGGGGUGCUACCCCGGCUAAUAACGGUGAGCCGGCCGCCCACCACUCCGCGUCGUCGUCAUCUUCACUUGCGUCGGCCCUGAACUGCCCACUGUGCCGCCGGUCUUUCAAACACAAGCUGAGCCUGACCAACCAUCAGCGCUCGCACUCAGCGCGGGAGCCGCAUCUGUGCACCAUCUGCGGCGAGACGUUCAAGUACAAGACCAAUUUCAAGCGUCACUGGCGGAUCCACGCCAAGGAGAUGAAGACUUGUAGAUACUGUGGGACGAAUAUGGACAGCGACUAUGAUCUGGUUCAGCAUGAAAAGGCGCACAGGCGACAAGAAAAGCAGCUUUAA